AUGAACAUGGAAAUCGACUUGAAGGAAGAACUGAGUAGAAGAAUGAGAGCAGCAUGGGCAGCAUUCGCACCCGUCAGGGAAGUUACGGACCAACGGACGGGCCAAGAUCUUCGUGCCCAUCUGUUCGGCUCGACAGUUCUUCCAGCGCUCUGUUACGCAGCGGAGACGUGGGCAGACACCGCCGCCACGUCUAGGAAGCUACUUACUACCCACAGAGCCCUUGAGAAAUGUCUUCUGAAGUUUAACCGGCGCACACAACACUUAGAUGGUCUUCGCAGCUCCGACGUAAGAAGAAUGUCCCGUCUUCGCGACCCAGCGGAAUAUUUAUCGAAAGCUAAGCAUACAUGGGCCGGUCACUUUAUGAGAAGAAUCGACGAGAGAUAG